GUUCAUGACGUAAAAGAGCAUAGAGGUGUGGCUUUACGGGAUGUGGAUGUGGAUGCGGAAGUGGCCUGUGGCAGAACAAGUUAUAAGCGGCGAGUUUGAUAUUAGUUUGCUUAGGACAAGGAGAAAGCAUGGCACCAAAGAGAAAGGCAGCAUCUGCCACCAAAGCAGGUGGAAGUGGAAAGAAGAUAAAAAAGGAGCCUGACACACCAGUAAAAGACAAGUUUACCUCUGCUAAAGAAGCUCUGAAGGCCACAGGAACACAGUUUAAGGCUAGCCGGAAACCUGACAGCUUAUGUCCCCUAUCGGAUUCAGAGGUUUAUGAAGAUUAUGAUUGUAUGCUGAACCAGACCAACAUUGGAAAUAACAAUAACAAAUUUUAUUUGAUCCAAGUCUUAAUGUAUGGAAAUCAAUAUUAUUGCUGGACAAGAUGGGGCAGAGUAGGAGAAGCAGGACAGAAUAAUCUAGCUGGACCUUCAAAAGUUGAUGAUGCCACUAAGAACUUUGAAAAGAAAUUCAAAGACAAAACAAAGAACAACUGGAGUGAUCGGGACAGCUUUGUCUCUCAUGCAGGAAAAUACACUCUGAUUGAGGUGGAAGGAGACCAGGAGGCUGAAGUGAAGGUCGAUGGUGCGAUUAGCAGAGCAGUGAUGGAUACAAAGAACAUUCUUCCGUGCAAGUUGGAGGCUGCAACUCAAAGACUCAUAAAGCUCAUCUUCAACAAUGACAUGUUCAAAGAGGCCAUGGAGCGCAUGAACCUGGACAUUAAGAAGAUGCCACUGGGGAAGCUGAGUAAGCAGCAGAUUGCUAAAGGCUUUGAUGCAUUAGAAGAAAUUGGGGAGGCAAUAAAAAGAAAAAAUUAUAAAAGCUUGGAAGAACUUACGUCCAAGUUCUUCACCUUUAUUCCACAUAACUUUGGCCGCAAUCGACCGCCUGUCAUCAAUAAUGAUGUUAUCCUUCAAGAAAAGAAGGAGAUGCUUUUGGUCUUGGCAGAUAUAGAGAUCGCCCAAAGCCUUAAAGCUGAGUCAGAAAAAGCAAAUGAGGAGAUGGUGGAAACUGUUCCUAAUCCAAUAGACCAGGACUACGAGUCUCUAAAAUGCAACCUCACACUCUUGGAUAAAAAAUCUGAAACAUUUGAGAUUAUCGAGAAAUACUUAAAUGCUACUGGCAACAACCUGAGCAUAAAAGAUGUAUGGGAAGUGAACAGAGAAAAAGAGGCUGACCGCUUCAGUGAAAAUGAUGCCUUGGACAACAGAAAGCUGCUGUGGCAUGGUACUAAUGUGGCUGUUGUGGCAGCCAUUUUGAAAAGUGGCCUACGCAUUAUGCCACACUCUGGUGGCCGGGUGGGCAGGGGGAUUUAUUUUGCUUCAGAAAAUUCUAAAUCUGCUGGUUAUGUCCAAACUUCACAGAACAUCGGCAUUAUGUUUCUGAAUGAAGUUGCUCUGGGCAAGGAGUACACAAUCACAAAAGAUGACCCAAGCUUAAGGAAGGCCCCUAAUGGCUAUGACAGUGUGGUUGCACGUGGGAUAGUAGAACCAGAUCCCUCAAAAGACGUCUUCAUUACACUGGAUGGAAAGAAAGUGGCUGUGCCACAAGGGAAAGCCAUUCAACAAUCUGAAUACCAAAAAAGCAGCUUCUACAACAGUGAGUAUUUGAUUUACAAGGAGAGUCAGUGUCGCAUCCGUUACCUGCUGGAGCUCCUCUUCUAACUCCUGCUGCAAUGGGACUAGAAAAACAUGCAGGACACCACUCUGCUCAACCACUAAUGUUUAAACUACACAAAGUUGGAACAAUACAGUUGUACUUUAUUCCUAGUUAAGCAAAGUCUUUAAAGAGUCUGAUUUAAUGUUCACCAUAACGAUAAGUGACUUAAUAAUGCCCUUAGUAAAUAUAUUUGUGGAUUUGGUUUAUAUGAUAAAGCCUUCAUAUUUAACACUUUAACUUUUUUAGACAUAUCUUUGUUUAAGGUAGUUAUGGACUGUCUUCCUUUUAUUGUAGAAUCUGUAGAAUCCCAUGUGGAACUGAGAUGUUUGCAAUAUAUAAAGAAAAUUAGGAAUGAGGAAUUUGCAUUUUUUUCUGUUUGAUUGAUUUGUAUUUGCUUUCUGUCCUGCUUUUUUUCCUCAAACUUCAACGUUUCAGUUUAUAUUCAUCCCAGUUUUUUUGUUGUUGUUUCUGUUUUUCUGAUUUUAUGGUAUCCAUGAAGGCCUAAUGAAUCAUGUGCAGCAAAAAAGGACUAAUUUAAAUUGGUUAAAAAAUAUAUAUUUUUUGUGCGUUAACUAGACAAGGAACUUCACAAUUUACAUUAGAGGGACUUAUAAAAUCAUUAUUUAUUGUUAUAUUAAGUUUCCAGGAUUCCACUUCUGGUUUCUUGUGGCUUUUCUAAAAUGUUAUUGGUUGUAUGAGCCCAUUAUUCUUUGUGUAGCACUUUUUAGUACAUCAUCUGUUAAUUAUAGAAAUUCAUACAGUAAAUACUGCUUUUGUUUUUGAAACUGUCCAAAUGAAAGGGUAUUAGGCAUCCCUUGAUCAAGGGCCCAAGAGUGGCAGCUUGGCGAUACUGGGGCUUGAACCCCCGACCUUCCGAUCAGUAACUCAGCGCCUUAACCACUAACCACAAUAUAUUGCAAUGUCCAACUGCACUUUUUAAAAAUUAAGUUUGAAGGAAUGUCAAGCUUUUAAGAGCUCUCUUGCUGUGGUGCCUGAUAGGUGGAAAAUAAAUAAUUCUGCAUAAAUCUA